CAGUAGUAAUGCUCAAUUGGACAUCUGUCUUCGUCUUCUUCCUCUUAGCCACCAUUUUAAACUUUUUCAGAAAUUAGAACCAUCCCAUGAAGCUUCUUCCCUCCCCGCAAGAAACCCCCUAAUUAACCCUAAUUUCACUCCCUCACUCACUCACUCACUAAUAUCUAUUAUAUCAUGUUCCUCUCUCUCUCUCUCUUUAUAUAUAUAUAUAUAUCUGUCUGUAUGUAUAUAUGGAGAGUGGAAUGAAUGAGUGAUAGAUGUAAUAACAAUGGCGACAAGUGACGAUGAUGAUCCAGAAAUGGCCGCAGCGUCUUUCGGCUCCGACAGCUUCGAGGUGUCGGAUUUUCUUGAUUUCGGGGACUGGAUUAAUGACGAGGCCAAUAUUCCGGCAACCUCGGCGCUCUUCGAUAAUUAUUCGAUGAAUCCGAUGAUUUGUUCAGCAGUUGGGGAUUCGAGUGGAUCGAUUAGCAGCAGCAGCAGCAGCUUUCAAUAUGGAGAGGGCAGCGGGGCUGCGAUGAAGGACAAGAAGGCGGUCAAGAAGAAAGUCGCCUUCAAAACAAAGUCGGAAGUCGAAGUACUCAACGACGGAUUCAAAUGGCGAAAAUACGGCAAGAAAAAGGUCAAGAAUAGCCCGAAUCCGAGAAACUACUACCGGUGCUCGGUCGAGGGAUGCCCCGUCAAGAAACGAGUCGAAAGGGACAAAGAAGAUCCGCGCUACGUGGUCACAACCUACGAAGGCAUCCACAACCACGCCGGUCCGAUCUAGUCAAGAUCAGAUCGAACUAUUCACCAAAAUUUUUAUUUAAAUAGUAUUUGUAUAAUAUGUGUGCAAGCUCAAAAGAUCGAUGAAUUAGAGAGUGAAUGCGCCUAGUUUGUUUUA